AUGCCUCUGACAAUACAUCGUGAAUUUAAACCAUUCUUACGCGACGGUGACAAUGCUAUCACAGCUACAGACGCACGCUCUCUCGCCUAUGACGGUCAACUCGUUUUCACUUCGCCUAAUAUGACUUUCGUUCCCCAACUAUACGACAAUCCCUCCGAUAUUGUGCAAGCGAGGGCGGAUGGGAAGUUUUGGGCGAUGGAUCCUUUCCAGUGGCCUCAAAUGUACGCAGACGCUUACACCUGGAGUUUUACCAUUCCACGACGCGAAUUCCAUGAUCCUAGCACUGACCUGUGGUAUGCUUGGUGGUCGCCAGCUUUUUCUGACGAUUUUGAGCCACUAUCUCCUGGUCAUGUCUUUGGCAAGCUGAAGUCCACCCACCGUGAUCACCUAUUUCGACUGUACGAGCGGGCUAACAAGCGCGUCGGCUCCUACAAGCUGUUCCGAGAAAACAAGCAAGACACGGUUGUUGGAUGGGUCACCGGGUUGCGCUCUGUUUUUGAACGCUUCAAAGAGACGUGA